AUGGCAGAAGCUCUCGCCGUUGUGGGUGCUGUCGCGUCAACCAUCCAACUGAUGGACUUUACCGCUAAGGUCUUUGAGCGUCUCAACGACUACAUCCAAUUCGGAAGUGCUUUCCCCAAGGAGCUGUCUCAACAAGCUGGAGAGAACUUUGUGAAACGUCAUGGGCUCCCGAAAAUUGCAAUAGAAGAACGCAAUGCGAACAGUAGUAUCACCUUUUGA